GUUUAUGGUAUUCACCAACUAAAACAAUUUGGAGGGAGAGAAACCUAGGAGAGAGAAAAGGGAUUUUAGUUUCAAUGGCGUCAAGGGUUUCUCUGAAAGCGAAGGGGAAGAGUUCGAAGGGAUCCAAGGCACAAGAAGACCGAUCCCUGUGCGAGUCUUUGAAGGAGUGGACGACAUGGACGAUGCGAAAAGCGAAGGUUAUCACUCAUUACGGUUUCAUCCCUAUGGUCAUCAUCAUCGGUAUGAACUCUGACCCUAAGCCUGCACUUUCGCAGCUUCUCAGCCCCGUCUGAUCUACCUCUUCGAUUCUUCAUUAUCAACCACCACUGCGACGGUCGUUUUGUUUUUUCUUUGAAUUUAUUUUCUUUUCUUUCCCCUUUUUCAUAUCUGUAACUUCAUGAAUCAGUUUUCAGAGUGGGGUAGUUUGUUUUGUUUGAGACAUUUAUUUUGUUCGAGACAAUUAUUGGAGACGCGGUAGUAAAUAAUGGAUCUUUUAUUAUAAUUACAAUAUUUAAAUAUCGUCCCUGUAUUUAUUCUGUUCAGGUGAAAAA